CAGGAUGUGUGUGUGAAGGAAAAAGGAAAUUGGAGAACACCUGAAACAGACUUUGGAAAAAAAUAAGAAAGUAAACAUGCCAGCACAUACAAAGAAAGUUAAACUUCCAGGCAUUGUGGAUGCUUUCCAGUAGAUGCAGAUGAUUUUGGAUUUCCCAUGGUGAAGACUUUGCAGAGGAAGUAUCGUGACUGGGGAAAACAGUUCCAACCGAAGCCAGGUUUAAACAUCUCCAUCCCUUUGAGGAUGUCCACUUACAUAUUCAAGAGACCACUUACUAGAAUCACAUCCCACCCUGGCAAUGAGGUCAGAUGCUGUCAUGAGGAGGAAACACUGGACACCCCCCAGCAGCUGUGCUGGCAGAGGAGACUGCAAGGACUCCAGGCGUGCAGCAGCACAGGAGAACCAUUGAGUCCUCUGGAUCUUGCCAAAGCCUUGCAAAAACUUGUACCAAGAGGCACUGGUGAAUCCCUGCCAGGGGUGCACACAGGCGGUCCCAACCCCAGCCCCACUCCUGCCCAGUGUUCAGAUUUGUCAGAGAUGACUCCAGGAGCUGGUCUGGGCAUCCCGCAGCUCCUCUGCAGACAGUGUCUGGUCACUGAGGAGGAGAUCAGUGAUCAGGAAAGGAAAGUGAAGACAGCAAGAGAGAGACUGGCAAUAGCACUGACUGCAGACAGACUGGCAAGCAAGGCAGAGAGAAUGAGGGGCCAAGAAGGACGUCCUGACAAACACCACAACAAGGAGAGAUGAUGGUGCCAAUGAAAUUCCGCAUGGCGCUUUAUUCAUGUCUCUUUGCAGCGUUCUUGCUUUGAGUUUGUGAAACUUUAAGAUAUGCUAAUAAAAAAAUUUAAACAACAACUAUACUUUAAAAGAGAAAAAAAAGGUAUACUAAUACUUUCCUUUAUUGUAAACUCAUUUAUGUAACAUAGAAAACAAAGACAGGGCUUUCUGGGGUAAGAAAUUGAGUUUCAGGCGGGGAGAGAAAGAUGAUCUUACCUCUGUGUUGUUGUUUCAUUUCUGUUCAAUUAGUAUGUUAUUUAUCUGUGUUUUAAAGUUAACAGUUACCAAAGUCAUGGGAUUGAUCAGGUUGUGGCCCUCACAGUUACAGAGCACCAGCUACCUAGUCAGAAUGGGUUAUUCGUUUGAGGUGAUAUUCCGCAAUAGAUCCCAAAACAUUUCAAUGGGUUUGAACGGAUUUUAUAUCUGUGUUCUCAAGUAAGAUAUCUAUUUCUAUUUUUCUGGGGUUUGUUGCAUGUAAUGAAAGGCCAGACUUUCCCUUUUUUCGUAGAUCUGUAUGUGUUUGAAGUUUGAUUCAUGAAAAUCGACAUGCCACUGGGGGGACCCAUGCUACCGAGAGAGACUAUUUGCAGCAUCAUUAAUCUAACAAGAAGCCUGAGCUUGGUUGUAUCCAUUUGUCUAUUUGCCUGGUCACGUGGGUUGUUCUAGUCAGAUUCUCUUCAUCAUUACUUACUUUUGCCUGAUGGAUUUAUCAGUUUCUUGGAGAGAUGUGUUAAAAAAAAAUAAGACUAUAUGUAUAUCUUCUUCCCUAAACCGAGUUAUAUUAAAAUGGAAUCUUCUUGGGGAGGGAGGGCAUAGCUCAAGUGGUAGAGUGCUUGCUUAGUGUGCAUGAAGUCCUGGGUUCAAUCCCCAGAACUUCCAUUAAAAAACAAACAAACAAACCUAGUGACCUCACCCCCCCAAAAUUUUAAAAUACAUAAAACAAUAAAAAAUAAAAUAAAAUUGUAUCUUCUCUACCAUGUGGUAAUCAUCCAGAACUUUAGUUAGAAUGUCUUUUUACCAUUUGCAGCAACACAGAUGCUCCUGAAGAAUGUCAUUCUAAGCGAAGU